AUGUUGUCAAUAAAGCAUGUAAUUUUCACCUAUGUACUUAUUUGUAGUUGCAUUUCCCGAUAUCGUGGAGCGAGAUGCGACCUUUUUACUCAAGUAGACGUAGUAAAGCCUUUAGAAGAAUUGAGUCUCAAUGAACCCAAGUCUGAUCCAUGUGAAUCUGGCUGUGAAUCAAACCUUGCUCGUGUUCUUCUAUCUUCAGCAAUUGGUAUUCUGCUUUUACUGUUUUUGCUUUUCUUUUUAUGUUCAAUAUUUCAAAUCUGCUAUAAAAAAAGACAGUCGUCAGGUAAAGCAUGUUCACCUGUGAAAAAAUCAGUUGUUUGUGAACAAGAUGAUAAGGGAAAUGAUUCCAAAUUUAAUUACCACCCAAAGAACCUUUCUUUACCCAAGCAAAGCAACUCGCAGUCAUCUAAAGUAUACGUCAACCCACUAUUUGACACAUAUACAACUAAAAGACUGCCAAUGAAUUCAUUAACACAUAAACUAAGAAAAGAUCCACCAAAUUCAAUGCAAGAUUACUGUCAUUAUCGUCAUCACAAUCAACAUCAUCACCAGUGUAAUACAAACAUACAUUUUAACUGUAAUAAGGAUUGCCAGCUCGGUCAUGAUGAAUCACUGAUUCCAUUUUCACUAAAUCCAAUGAUUUAUACUGAAACAAACAGUGGUCAGUUAUCACAACAAAGAAUAAUUCAAAAAGCCUUACACAAACAGGUGAAUGAAGGGAAAGAUCAAAUUAAAUCAUCUUCAACAGUUGAAAUCAAUUAUAAAUUCUACUGUAUCUGGCGAAUCGAGAGAUUCAGUAUAUAUGAAUACCCCAAUGAUGAUAACAACGAUAUUACCACUAAUAAUAAUGAUAGUAAUAUAUUCAAUUGGAAUAACACUGAUAAUUCCAACAUGAUGGACUGUUUCAACCACUUUCAAUGUUCAACACUGAUGAAUAGACCAACAAAACCAGAGAAUUUGGCACACAACACCAAAGUAUUCGCUAAUCAUGAUAAUCAUUGUUCAGCUCAUACAUUACCGUUAGUCUCUUUAACACAAAACCAUUAUUUACAUGAGCAUAACAUCCAAACUGAUAAGAUAAAUGGACAUUCACUUGUACAAUUAUAA